UCACUAUUUUUGUCGUUCGGUUUGAAGUCACUUUGGCACCCAAUUUCCACCACAUGUAGAUUAUACAAUAUUUGAGUUAGUUUUAAUAACAAAAUCAUUCGAAAUGAGAACAGAUAUCUCCCCUCAACCUUUUGAAUUUGAUAAGAUCUCAACAUAUAUGGCUUAAUUAUAAUCUUAUCGUAGUUGAAGGUGGCGCUUUUGAUAAAACGUUCUCCAAAGUAUACGAAGUUUUAAAAUCAGUUCAAAAUAAAAUGUCGAAGUAUUACGCCAAAACGUACAAACAGGACUUCACUGCUGUCUUCAAUCACAAAGACUGCACCAGAUAUUACCACGAGCUUAUGAAAGAACUCGAUUUGGUUGAACGAAGUGAGAUAGUGGCCAAAUACAGUGAGAGAUGUCUGCUUCCUAUUUUUAAACAAUGGGCCCUUGAAUUGAACAAACCUCUCAAGUUCGUUGAUAUGAUGUGUGCCUAUGGGAAUGAUACAUUGGUGUACACCAACGCCUACUACCAAGAGGACUUUGCAAAAACAUGGGCUUCUGAUUCGACUUGCUACCAACUUGCGAAGCCAAGACAACUUCCAGUUGAAACUCUUGGCGUGGACAAGAGUGAAUCGGCACUUCAGUUUGGGAAGAAGGCUGGCAUAUUUGACAAAACUCAAGCACUCGAUAUGAACAAUCUUUCGGAGUCUGAAGCUCAAAGUUUGAAAGAGCAAUGUCACAGUGCAAAUACUCUAACGAUGAACUCACUUGGAUACAUUCAGGAGGAUCAAAUUAACAAAGUGAUAGACUGGUUCAGUGGUGGACUCGAGCCAGGUAUGAUUGCAAUCGGGUUUGUAUAUCCCUACGAUGGACCAGAAAGAGUUAGCCGGUUCAAACAACUGUUGCUGGAAAAACUGAAGUUCUUUGCUUCUGUUCCGAUGACUAAUAUUAAACUGAUUGAAAGAGAAGGCGCUAAAUAUGGACCGGAAUUCGGAACUUGGAAAACAUGCUACUACGAAAUGUGGUAUUUGACGAGAAUCGCUUAAGAGUGACCGAUUGGCUCGAAAAAUUGCACAAUAAAUAGAACCCAAAAUAACACAUAUUCAUUUAAUUUUACCAAUAAAAAAACUUCAUUGAGUAAUCUGUAAUCAUAAAGAUUUUAAGGUAACUGAUGUCUGAAAAUCAGUGAAGUGGAAAGAGCUUCCCGAGAACUUUCUCA